UAUCAUUUUUUGGUUUGAGUCGGCACUUUUUGGUAUAAUUUCGAAAUUUGGGUAUUUCGUGGAGUCAGUAAAUCCUAAAAUAAAUUAAAUCAAAGAAAAGCAAAAUGAGAAUAUUAUUCCAUGUUCUCCUGGUGCUGAUGCUUCUGCAGUUACACUUGGCUAUUGGAGAUAAAAAGCAGAGUAAAAAAUAUUCUCGCGAGGCUAACGACCCAAAAAACACGCAACAAAAAUCGUAUGAUAAGAGCAGUCGGAAGUCAGAUGAAAGCGAAUGGAAAUUGACGACUGAAUCUUAUGACCCUGAUUUCCGCAAUCUACAGCGCCCUUUCCGCAUUGCCAAAUUGAAUCUGGUCUGGGCCAAGGCACAAAAUAGAUUAACGGAACCGAAGUUAAAGUCUUUAUACAUGGAGCUGAAAAUACAGGAUAAAGAAGAAAUAACAUGGAAACAAUUAAGCUCUCAACACAAAGACAAAGAGGGCCUUAAAGAGGCUGAAUUGCGGCAAAAAUUGAUUGGUAUAAUGAGUACAUAUGACCUACUUGAGCAUUUUGAAGAUACCCAGGAUAAAGAUAAAGUCAAGCCAUACAAGAAAUUUCAUGACCCAGAUGAUGCCCAUUUAAACAAAAGUGCAUUCAAGGAUAAGAAACUUAAUCGCCUAUGGGCAAAAGCUGAGGUAUCUGGUUUCACCAAAGAAGAACUCGACUCACUUAAACAAGAAUUUCAGCAUCAUCAGGAUAAGGUAGAUGUUUAUUAUAGUUUGUUGGAAGAUAUUGGUACCGCGGAUACUAAAAAACAUGAAAAUGCCAUAAAUGAAGAUGAGCUGGAUACAUUUAAUAUGGUUUCGAAUGAUCCCAACGAUAAUGAGAUUAAUACCCCUGAAAUGAAUUUGAAAAAAUACGAAAGCGAUAUCAACCAGUUGCGUGAUAAACAUCGCGGCAUUAAGGAUCACUAUGAGCGCUUGGAACGUUUGGUUUCAUCAGGACCGCAUAGUCAAGACUUUAUUGAGCCAAAAGUGCAAGGCUUAUGGCGAGUGGCGCAAGCGAGCAAUUUUACUGAAAAGGAAUUAGGUUCAAUUAAAAAUGAAUUGCAUCAUUUUGAGAGUAGGCUGAUGAAAUUGCGUAACCUUCAUGUAGAACACGCGAUGCAAAAGGAAAAAUAUAAAAAUGAAAAGCACAAGGACAAAAGCGGCCGUUUCGAAGAAAUGGAAGAUCAUAUCAAAAAGCAGACGCGAAAAGUUGAGAAAAUUCAGGAUACCAUCGAGAAGACAAUUUUCAGACACACUGAACUAUAGUGUUUUCCCAACUUCUUUGUAUUGUUGUCAUCCACGACACAUACAUUUUGAUAUUUUAAAAAUACAAUUCGAAUAACGCUUAAAAUUUAAGUAAAAGUAAGCCAAAUUCGCAUGUGUAUUUAUAAUGUAUUAUAUUUAGAUUUCGAUACGAAUUUUUGAUACUAUUCAAUAGAUGUUUGUUUGUCAAAAACUCUAACACAAACUAAUAAAUACAUUUAAUUAAUAUAAUUUAC